AUGCCCAGCGAUUCUACCAGCCAGCCGAUAGCCGGCAUUCACACUUUUGACCUGCCAUCCGUGUGGCUCGGUGACAUCGCGUUAUGGCUGCGCACUGUAGAGUCACGAUUCGCACUCCGUCAGAUCACACGAGAGGAUACCAAAUUUCAAUAUGUUGUGGCAGCACUCCCAAUGGACAUCGCCACCGACCUCCGCGACAUCAUAGAUUGCCCGCCCACAGAAGCCCCUUAUACUGCCCUAAAGGAGGCUCUCAUUUCCCGCAUUUCUCUCUCAACGCAAAAACGUCUCCAACGUUUAAUUUCUGAGGAGGACCUCGGUGACAGGGAGCCUACGCAGCUUCUUAGGCGUUUGGAGCAGUUGGCAGACGGACAAAAGCUGGAUGCCACCAUGUUCAAGCAACUUUUCCUCCAACGGUUGCCUCCUUCUGUGCAAGCCAUCCUUGCGCCUAACAUUCCUUCGUCGACUGUUCAGAUGCUCGCGGAGACUGCUGACCGUAUACUCGAGUACUACCAGCCUCCUGUUACGGUUAACGACGCUAGUCGAAGCACAACUGCCCCCACAAUCGAGGAUGUCGUCAAACGCCUGGAUGCCCUCAAUCUCGAAGUUUCCCAGCUCCGGGCCACUCGUGUCUAUAACCCUCGUAGUCCUGCAAUUUCUCGCCGCCCGAGAUCUCCCACUCCAAACAAACCUACAGUUGAUGGUUUCUGUUGGUAUCAUCACAAUUAUGGUUCUAACGCCCAUCGCUGCCACUCUCCGUGCAAGUAUAAAACACAUGCAUCGGAAAACUCCCCUGCCGACCGGUAAGGGCGACGAACGUGGUCGGCACAUCCUCUCCCAGUCGCUUACUCCACAUCUAUGACAGGACUUCCUGUCGUAAUUUUCUCGUGGAUACUGGUGCGGAGAUCGGUCUAAUCCCACCCACCUUGACUGACCGUCAGUCACCAAAUUCUUCAUUUUUCCUCCAAGCGGCUAACAAUACUUCUAUUAAAACUUUUGGUCAACGAUCUCCAACACUAGAUUUGGGUCUAAGACGCUCGUUUCGUUGGCUAUUUACUAUCGCUGAAGUCCAUACUGCCAUUCUCGGCGCUGAUUUUAUAUCCUUUUUCGGUCUCCUCGUUGACAAUAAGUCCCAUAAAUUAUUUGAUCCUAAGACUUCUUUACAUUGUAAUUGUUCCACUCGUACCCUUUCGUCACCUAAUCCACGCAUUCCAACAAUCCCUUCGUCUACUCCCUAUCAUCGUUUACUUUCGGAAUUUCCAUCUAUCACACGACCUUCACAAUUUAACCAACCUAUCAAGCAUUCUGUUGUACAUUAUAUUUCAACUACUGGACCACCCGUGUUUAGCCGUCCCCGUCGUUUAGCCGCCGAUAAGUUAGCCAUAGCCAAGGCUGAAUUCAGCCACAUGAUGGAGCUAGGCAUGGUUAGGCCUUCCACUAGUCCAUGGGCUGCACCUCUACAUAUGGUGUGCAAAAAGUCUCUCGUUGACUGGCGCCCAUGCGGGGAUUACCGACGGUUAAACACCUCCACUGUGCCUGACAGGUAUCCACUUCCCCAUCUCCACGACUUUUCAUCUAGCCUAGCUGGAGCAACAAUAUUUUCCAACAUUGACUUAGUCAAAGCUUUCCAUCAGAUACCCGUUGCUCCAGAAGACAUUUCCAAAACGGCGAUUACAACACCGUUCGGUCUGUUCGAGUUUGUCAGGAUGCCUUUUGGGCUACGCAACUCCGCCCAAACUUUUCAACGUUUCGUCAACGAAGCCCUCCGCGAUCUACCGUUCGUUUUUGUCUACGUCGACGAUGCUCUGGUAGCAAGUUCCAGUGAACACGAGCACCUACAACAUUUGCGUCUCAUUUUUGAACGAUUGAGCCAAUUUGGCGUUUUCAUUAAUGUUUCUAAAUGCUUUUUUGGCGCACAGUCGCUGUUUUUCCUAGGACAUCGCGUAGAUGCUUCUGGUUGUCAUCCCAUAGAUACCAAAGUUUCAGCUAUUCGCGAUUUCCCUACUCCCACUUCUUUUCAACAACUGCGCCGUUUUAUAGGCCUUGUCAAUUUCUAUCGACGUUUCAUCCCUCACUUACUAACCUUUUACGCGGGAACAACCGUGAGUUUUCUUUUCCUGACACAGCUGUAGAGGCUUUCAAUCGUGCGAGGAAGGCUCUUGCGGAUACAACUGUCCUUGUUCACCCUAUACCUGAUGCCCCACUUUCCAUUGUGGCCGACGCCUCCAAUUUCGCUAUAGGUGCUGCCCUUCAGCAACAGACGCCCACUGGCACCUAG